AACUCCUAUGAUCAAGACUGUGACGCAGACAUUUGUGGUCUGAAUGGUGCAUGACAGACAUCAUCUCUAUGUGGCUGGAUCCAAACUGAACAACUCUAAGAACAAACAAAACUGAAUCAAAAACUUCCUUCUUUCUUACAGAUGUGAAUGAUGGAACAAUUCAUAGAUCUACCAGGAGAUUCAUAUUUGGAUGACUUAAGAGAGUACUUUGGUCUAAACGGCAGUGAUUACUUUUCUUAUAACUAUGAUGAAGAUGAUUUCAGUGGAGGUGAUAUUUGCGAUCUGAACAACAGCACAAUGUUUGAAGCAGUGUUGUUGCCAACUCUGUACUCUGUGGCGUUCGUUGUGGGAAUCCUGGGAAAUGCAUUGCUGCUGGCAGUAAUGGGAAAGAGCAGAAAGACAUGGAGCAAAACAGACAACUUCCUGCUUCACCUAGCUGGGGCAGACAUCCUGGUGUUGGUGACCCUGCCCUUCUGGGCUGUACAGUCUGCCAGUGGUGAUGGUUGGGCGUUUGGGACACCCUUCUGCAAGAUCACUGGGAGCGUUUUCACGAUCAGUUUCUAUUGUAAAAGUUAUCUCCUGGCCUGCAUCAGUGUGGACUACUACCUAUCUGUCGUCCAUUCUACCAAGAUGUUCCUGCAGAAGAAGCCCUGGGUGGUUCAUGCUUGCUGCGUCUUGGUUUGGAUCUUCUCCUUGCUCCUCUCCGUCCCUGACUGGAUCUUUUUAGAAGAAACGCUUGAUGACAGACGAAGCAGGAAAGAGUGCACCCGGAAGUAUUCCAAAUUUACACAAAACGCAGAAGACGAGACCUUAAAAAUGGCAGCUCGAUGGCUAUACCAUGCUGUCGGCUUUUUGUUUCCUUCAGCUGUCCUGGUUUUCUGCUACUCCUGCAUCCUGUUGCAGCUGCAGUGUGGCUCCCAAAGCCUCCAAAAGCAGAGACCUUUUAAAGUCAUAAUAGCUGUGGUCGCAGUUUUCUUUAUCUGCUGGACGCCAUUUAAUGUGGUACUUUUGAUAGACACAAUUAAAUUCAGCAGUUCAGUAACCUGUGCAGAAAAUUCAUCUAUGGCCAAAGCUCUGACAGUGACUUCUUCUUUGGGUUACUUACACUGUUGCCUAAAUCCCAUUUUGUUAGUUCUGGUGGAUGUUAAGUUUCGGCAUCAAGCAGUAAACUUGUGGGCGAAGACAUCUGAUAGAGCGGUUUUCUAACAUGGUGCCCAAUGAACAUGUUUCUUCUGUCUGACUCCCAUACCUUAAAAUUUUAACAAUGUAAUAUGAAGAACCCAGGAAAAUAUUCAAUAUCUUGUGUGAUUUGUUUUUAACAUUUUCAUAAGAGGUGUUUUUGUACUUUACAUUUCAGCGCCAUGAUUGUGAGGCGUCUCCUAACUGUUUUUGUAAACAUUAGCAUAACUUCUGGAAAAUUAAAACACACAUCAAAUAGUUUAAAGUGA